AUGCAAAUAAGUUUGCGUUUUGAAUGGCUAAUUAGUGUUUGUAUUGUUAUAUAUUUACGAACAACAGCGCAUGCUUGGCACCGUCCAUUGACAUUUGCUCAGCAGUGGUAUUUCGAGACGGAUGUUGAUAGUUAUAUCGAAGAUGUGUCAUCAAUAUCAAAUCAAAAAAUCGAAAAUAUGAGAUUUUUAACAUCUUAUGACUCAUAUGCUGUAUACGGUGCCAGAGGAGAAUUAAUAUUAUUGAAACCACAUCUAAGUAAUGAGACGCGCGAAUAUUCAACGUAUAGUUGGCCUGUUGAGCAAACAGUUAUGAAUGAUUGUGUUCAAGAAUGGAAUACAAUUAAAUUUACUAACAAACAACAUAGAGAUCCCGAUACACCCAUGGAUUCUGAUGUAUCCUAUUCAAUGGUUAAUGUUGACAAUAAUCUUGUCACAGCAGGAUAUCACGGUGAUUUUAUUCCAACAAUUCGUUCAAAUGGCAAAACUUUAUUAUACACCAUACGUCAAAAUUCGCAUUUUGUUAAUGGUUUUGCGUACGACGGAAAAGCUGUUUUUGGUGUAAUUGAAACAUCAGAAAGAGCUGAAACGAAUCGUGUAUCUCGACUAGUAAUGGCAUGUUCAAAUCGUGCUGAAAUCGUUCGAAAAGCCACGUUGAAUUGUUCAGCAAACACACCCGAUUCAAAUAGAAUAUUUGUAUUUCAUAUUCUAAGUAAAUUAUGUUGCAAAUUGAAGCAUUCUCUCACUAUUCGAUUGAAUAAUACUCUUGUUUCAGCAUCAAUGAUUGAUCCCGUUCAAAUGAAAAAUGGUUCCUCGAUACUUUAUACAUCUUUUACUACAAACAAUUCAACAAUAACAGCAUCAGCCAUAUGUAUAUUUCUGUUAAAUCAAUUCUAUGAUGUAUUCACUGGUCCAUCAAUGAAAAGUAAUUUAAAUAGUGAAACAGUUGAGUUAAUCAAAAAUUGUAGUCAAUCCACAACAUCAACAAUAGAUCGUGAAACGGUUGAAUCACAAAAACAAUUUAUAUCUUAUCCAGUGCAACCGAUUGUUUUUCAAACAAUGGCUGAAUAUAUUUUUACACAAUUAACAGUGAUUGUGUUGAACGAAAAUCGACAUUGUAUUCUAAUUGGAACAUCUGAUGGACGUCUAUUUACAUUAUUUGUUGAACUAAAUUCAUUUAGAACAACAACAUUUGAAGAAUUAAUUUUGUCACAUAAUAUGCGAUAUGAAAUUAAAUCAUUAACAACUCAUAAAGCUUCUCAUUGUUCUUCUAAUAAUGCGAAAACAUUUUAUUAUGGAGCUAAUCACCCUAAUAAUACCAUUAAUAAAGAUGAUCGUUUAUCGAAUAAUCUUCUAUUUUAUAUAGUUUGUCCAAUGUCAGUUGUUAUCUUUGUUCUAUCAAUAUCAAUUAUUAUUCUAUUGACAAAAUCGACACAAAAUAAGCGUCGACGAAAAGCUAAAAAUGUAGCAAAAUCAAAAGUAUCAAAUUUCACAAGUAAUAAUGUUGUCUAUAGGAUAAGAAAGAAUAAUUCGGUCGAAAAUCAUAUUUUUACUAAAAGUACAAAACAACGAUCAAGUUCUGUUAAAAUAAAUCAUUCUAAUCACAGUAACAUGUUUUUAACAAAAUCUGAAAUUUGUGUCAACAAUACGAAACCGUUAGAAUCUAGUCAAAAUCAUCUUCAUAAUCAUUAUCUAUCAUCAUAUACUACGUCAAAUUUAUAUACAACGUCAACAACAAGUUUGCCGGAUAAUUAUGAUCAAUUAUCAUCUAAUAUUCCUUAUCGUUAUUUGUCCUACGUUAUCAAAGACGAUCAAGUUUUAUCGCCGCAGACAUUAUGUAGAAGUUACGUCUAA